GCAGCGGCUGUGGCGGCUGCGGCUGCAGCGGCGGCGGUGGCUGUGCCCGCUGUGCACCCCCCUGCUCCCGCGCGUACCCCUCCCCAGGACAAGGUCUCGGCGUGCGCUUAUAACUGUCCGUGACGCGCGGUGCGGCUCAGUCCGUCGCCCGCCCGCGCCGCCGCACAACGCCCGCACCUGCGCCAGGGACAGCCCCUUCCCCUCGGAGUGUCCCUCGCGUGGCCCCUCGCGCGCCCCUCGUGGGGAGGAGUCCUUCAUCUCGAGGAGCAGGAGUUCCCUUCAGGAGUUUGUUGUUUGCCUUUGAUCACUACUGACGGCCUGUUGAAGAUCCACUUGUGCUUGGAAGAGUUCCUUCUGCUCGGCGCGCGUGUGCCUCCGUGUCGUGCGUGCGUGCGUGCCAAGGGAGCCGAAGGGCGGACCCGCGGGUGUGCAUCUCCUACAAGUGUCACAGAUGCCGUAAUCGUUAGUGCAAGCGAUCGGUGGACGCGUGCGGAGUGAGGCUCUGGCCGCGUCGAGUGUGUUUGCCUGUGAUCUAACUUUGGCUUUGAGCCUGACUUUGGCCGCGAAGGAAGAAGGACGCGCCUCGCUCGAGUGACACACGGACGGACGGACGCAAGCGCUUGUGUCUUGUUGCUUUGAGGAAAGGGAAAAAGGGAAAUUGGAUCUACUGUCAAGGCAUCGGUAGUCAGCAUAAGCAAAAUGGAGUCUCAGCGAUGCCUGUUGGCACUGGCACUUAUCUGCCUAGCUAGUGCCAUCACCCACGCCACCACACAACAGAUCCACGAGUCAAUGAGUACAGAGGAUCUCCAAAGAAUAUUCCACGUGGAAACGUCAGAUCAAGUCCCAGCCUACGACCUGGUGCGGCUGCGGUCCCGGCUGCGGCGAUCUGCGGACGGCGACGAGGUGCGGACGGUCCACCUGCGGGCGCUGGGUUCGUCGCAGAUUCUGAACCUGCGGCCGAACGUCGACCUGGCCCGCCGCGUGCCCCUCUUCUUCGCCGACCGGGACCACCUCGAGGGCGUCGCCGUCACCCCCACGUCGCAUGCUGUGGACGUGGGAAUUCCGCACCAGGACGAGCAGUCUCUGGCGGCUGUCAUGGUUGCACAUCACCCAGUCACGGGAGCUCUGACAAUGGACGGAACCGUCGGCGAGGACCUGGUCAUCCGGCCUCUGCCGCCCACGCUGUACCACCUCGCCGAGCCCUCGCCGCCCACCCCGCCCGAAAGCCCGCCCGCGGGAGGGAGGCCCCGGGAGGAGGAGGUGUCCCUCAACCAGCUGACGCCUCCUGACGACGAGAUCUUCAUGGACGACCUGGAGGAGCUGGAGGACGAGAUGGUGUUCGACGACGGACUCCCGCUCGACGGGGACGACAUGGGCUCGCUGCUCGACCUCCGACCCAGAGGGAACGCCACUCUGCCCGAGGGCCUGACGCUCCUCAGACGAAGACGCGGAGCCGAGACCGAGGGCUUUCACAUCGUGUACCGAAGGAGCAGCCCAGGGGUCGACACGGACUACGCCAUGAUGGAGUUGGACCACAUUCCCGCCCGCAGCGCAGACGCCCGCCCUCGCCGUAAGCGCAGCGCCCCUUAUAUCAUUUACCCCGAGAUCCUCGUCCUGGUCGACUAUGAUGGUUACCUUCUACACGGGCAGGACAACAGCCAAAUCAAGAGCUAUUAUGUGUCCUUCUGGAACGGAGUCGACCUGCGCUACAAGCUGCUCAAGGGACCGCGAGUCAAAGUGUCCAUCGCCGGAAUAAUUAUUUCGAGAAGCCGCGACGCCAUGCCCUACCUGGAGAGGAACCGCGUGGGGAGGGACGCGAUCGACUCCGCCAGCGCCCUCACCGACAUGGGCAAAUACCUUUACCAGGAGCGACGUCUCCCCACCUACGAUAUAGCCGUCGCCAUUACCAAAUUAGACAUGUGUAGACGCCAAUUCAAAGGGGGGGUUUGCAACAGGGGUACUGCAGGCUUCGCAUACGUGGGCGGAGCUUGCGUCGUCAACAAGAGGCUGCAGAAGGUCAACUCCGUCGCCAUCGUCGAGGACACGGGCGGCUUCUCGGGGAUCAUCGUCGCCGCCCACGAGGUCGGCCACCUCCUGGGCGCCGUGCACGACGGGUCCCCUCCCCCCUCCUACCUGGGGGGCCCCGGCGCGAGGAGAUGUCGCUGGGAAGAUGGCUACAUUAUGAGCGACCUCCGACACACGGAAAAGGGCUUCAGAUGGUCUUCUUGCUCCGUGGAACAGUUCCAUCACUUCCUUAACGGCGACACGGCGACGUGCCUGUACAACCUGCCGCACGAGGACGAAUCUCUGCCGCGCGUCCUGCCGGGGAAGCUGCUCUCCCUCGACGCCCAGUGCAGGAAGGACCGCGGGACGUCGGCUUGCUUCGUGAGUGCCUUUGCGAGUCCACGGUGGAAUAGAUGGGACCGUAACAGAUGGAACGACCGCAAUACCACCCCACAGACGACCACCACAACCACAACCACAACCACCACCACAACCACAACCACCACGCCCUCACCCCCCAAGAGCCUCAAGAAAAACUUUAUAGAUUCAGUGAAGCCGAAUAGUGAUAAUGAGUGCGAGGACCGCAUCGCCAACAUCGCGGGCAGCCUCACGUGCCAGGAGUUCCUCCGCUCGUACGGCUUCCGCUACUGCGGCCACCGAUACAUCCAGAAGAACUGCUGUCGCUCCCAGAAGGAGAUGUGCCGCGGGGCCUAGGAGGGCGUGGGCGCGGGCGCUUGUUUAUCCCCCGGCGUGUGGGUGGGUGGGUAGCCUGAGCCUGGCCGCGGGCGUCGCUAGGCUCGUCCGUCCGUCCGUCUGUCUGUCCGUCCGUCCGUCUUUCUGUCUGUGUCUGUCUGUCUAUCCGUCUGUUUAUCUAGACCACCAAGACAGGACUCUCCCGCCCUCGAAGGAACUUCCCGAGCGCCCUUGGCACUUCCGCCCGCCCGCGUCCCCGUGCUGGGCCUCCUCCGCCCGCGAGUGGUGCUGGCGAUGGCCGCAAGUGCAGCGUGACUGCAGCGUCAGGUCGUCCGGCAUUGCAGAGCGGUUGCAGGAUCAGGUCUGUUCCCCCUCUGGAGGCGGCGGCGACUUGCUGGCAAGACGGCGCCGCUGGGAAGCAGAGAGGGAAGGGCGGGCGGAGUGGGCGCCGGCUGCCAACGCUGCCUUCGCUGACAGGCGUCGCCACGACCCCUGCCACCAGCCGCGCUUCUGCUGCCACCACUUCGAGAGCCUGUGACACCGCUGCUCCGGUCUCCGUGGCCAAGCCUCUGCGGAACCAUGAUUUCGGGCCUAAAUUUAGUCAAAUGGCUUGGCUUUAUUUGUAAGGUGACAGUGAUUUUGAAAAAGAGAUGUAGACUCAGUGAAAUCCUCAGGCAACACCAGUAUUGUGCAACGCAAAAUUGGAAAAGGUUAUAGGUGAAGAAGGGCUAUAUGAGCCCAGGAGUUGACACGUAAAAAAACAGGUUAAGGAAAAACAUACAUAC